AUGCCACGCAUAUGUCCAAUGCAACUGCUGAAUUGCCUUAGCGUCCUUCUGUCGCCUAAUGGUGGUAUUAAAAGCAGAGACGAGGUUCAGAGACUAGCCAGUUUGAUGACUAAAUUUUCUAAGAAACUCGUCUCUAAAUGUAUAUACAUACAGAUUUUGAAGUGCACAGAAACUGACUUACUGGGCUUAUUCAUGGGAUCUGGUGGUUGGCGCUUAGUGCACAUAUGGCUCACAGAAAGUGUUGUAGUCAAAAAUUGGCCUCUUGUUAGAGAACUUUUGGAGCUUUUAUUAUUAUGCCCUGUUGACAUAGAAAGACUCAAAACUAACAACUGUCCUAAACUAGUAAAAGAAUUGUCAAAGGAUGGUAAUCAUUAUGCUAUCAGGGCGUUAGCUUCGAAACUAGUUGAACAAUGGCUAAAGACUGUCAAAGGUGAACAAGUUGUGCCUAUACAGUUAUCAGAAAUAUCAAAUAUAAUAACAGAUACACAAAUAGAAAAGGAGUGUGAAGCUAAGGAUGAAAUCGUGACUGAAAAAAUAGAUAAAAGCGACAAUGAAUCGCUUGAAGAUCAUGCUGCAAAACCUGAAAAAGUGUCAUCCGAACAAUUGCCUAAUCAAGUAGAAAUACAAAACAAUGGAAAGGUCAAAGAUGAUGAAAAAGAAACUGAGACUCUGCCUGUAUUAAAAAUAUCGUUAAAAAAUGGAAAACAAAUACUAUCACAAGUCGACGACAAUGAUAGUAGAACUUCAGAUGAAGUUUUUGAAAAAGAAAAAACAAAAGAUAGGCAUAAGAAUAAAAGCAGAGAAAAACAUAAUGACGGCAGCAGUAAUAGUUCAAGGUCUACUUCUUCCAAGCAUUCAAGUAAAGGAUCCUCAUCAAAUGAGAAACAUAAAAAUAGUCAUAAUAGUAGUUCUAGUAAACAUAGUAAUAAGGACAGAACGAAAAAUAAAGAAAAGCAUUCAACUCACAGUUCUAAAUCAAAACACGACACAAGUAGUAGCAGUAGUAGUAAAAGGUCAAGUUCCUCUGGUAGCAAAUCUAAAGAAGAUAAAUCAAAACAUGGCUCUGAGAAAGAGAGAAGCAAGGAUAAAGAUGAAAAAGGCAAAGAAUCCCCUAAGCCUUCGACAGACAAGUCUGAAGAAAAGUUAACAACUCCCUCCAUUCAAAAGUUGGGGAAAAUACCAAAACUGAGUGAUGUUAAAAGAGAGAAACCAUCGAUUUCAAUAGAAAUCCGAAAACCCGAUGAACCAAAACCAAAAACAGUUAAAACAUUUAAUUCCAAAUUCAGAAAGCACGGACUAGAGGAAGAAGUAAAACCUCCGCCGUCUCGUGCCGCUUUGCUUAACAAAAAACCGCCACCCGUCUUACCGCCUACUAUUCCGAUACCUAAAAGGCCGUCACCAGUACAUAAUGAAACGCCGCCCGAAAAGAAGUUGAAAACGACUGAUAUAAUUGAGAAACCCGGUUCUAUUAAAUUAAUUCCACCUAAACCAAAGCCAAUGAUGCUACUCGAAAGUGAUAUGUUCAUGGACGCACUCAACGCCUCUGCUACAAAUAAGAAAGAGCCAAAGAAAAGAAAGCGACGAACCAGUGGAUCAAGAGAUGGAAAUGCACCAAAUGAAGCAUCUCCACCUCAUACUCCCACAAGCAUUACUAGUCCCAAUAGUGAAAGCAAAUCGGUGCCGCCAAGAUUUUAUCAGGAUACUUUAGAAACUGAUGAUAAACAAACUGUGCCUGAGAAAAUUACUGAAAACGAAGAGCCUGAGAAUGAUAAAGAAGCUGAGAGGGAAACUCCAGAGAAAGUGGAGAUUUCGGAACCUCAUACUUUAACUAUUAAUGGUUUGAAAGGUGUUUUAUGCUACCACAAACGGAAAGGUCCCAAGAAAACUAUUAAAUGGAAACCAGAUUCUGAAUUAGAGGAAAUUCAAUACUUUGAACUUGAUGAGACAGAACGCGUAAAUGUAACAAAAACCUUUACUGAUAUGAAAUAUUUAGAGAGGAUAAAUGAAAGAGAAGCAUUCGAGAAAGCACGUAAUUUAAGCACCGAUGAUGUAAUGGAGGAAAGAACAAGCUGGAAACCUCUUAUUCUCAUCGACUUAGAUGGACAAAUUCAAGUUGAAUACGGUAAGAAUAGUAAAGAGAAAGACAUACAAGCCAUACGACAAAAAGGAACACUACAGCCACUGUACUUCCACAAGUCAAUGAUACCUGAUUCACCAAUUGAACCUGAACCUGAAACUCAUACUUAUUCAGAACCGACUAUAAUACCAUUAGAUGAUGUUACUGGCAAUCAAGACAAUAUAAGUGAUUUUCGUAAUAUGCCAUGGCCUGAACCUAGGGGUAAUGCACCACCAUCUUCUAAUACUAACAUGAACGUUCCUUCCAUAUUUCCGCCUAAUAUGGCUCAAUUUCCUACAAAUUUUCCUGGUACCCAGUUUCCUGGCGUACCUCCAGGAUUUCAAGGAUCUCCGGUUGUGCCUACUGAUUGGCAAAAUGGAAUUCCACCACAUAUUAUGCCAAACGGAAUCCCUGGACCAAUGCCAACAACAGGUCUUCCACCUGGGCCGAUGCCACCCGGGAAUAUGCCACCAGGAAUGAUGAUACCACCGGACAAUAUGAUGAUGGGCCCAGAUAUGUUUGGCGCACCAAAUCCUAUGUUUUCUAUAGUUUUUCGGGUCCGGGUAGUUUUCGUGGUGCCAUGCGGGGUCGUGGCGCUGGAGGACAUUGGAGGGGUAAAGGUGGAGGAAACUGGGAAGGGCCACCGAGAGGACGCGGGGGCCACGCACGUGGUAGUAGGAAAGUUGUAUGUAUAUAUUUCCAAAGAAAAGGAUCAUGUCGACAAGGAGAAAACUGUUCCUUUUUGCAUCCAGGUG